AUGAAGCUCUCCCUGAUUUUUGAACUUCUGAUGAUAUUUGUGCUUCUUGCAUUUGCCGCGUCAAAAAAUAUCAAUAAAAAUAGGAACAAUGUAAAAGGACUUCGGAAUAAGGAAGAUGACAAUAUUAAAAUCGAAGACAAUAGCUUGAAUAGAUACUGCAAAUGUUCGGAAUCACUGUGCAAUUGUUGCAGAGAUUUUUCAGUACCAGUUGUUAAUUUAAACGGUCCAGGAUGUGCAUCUCUGAGGUAUUUAAACGGAGAUAAAAUGUCUAUAUCGUUGAGUUUUGGAAAAAAAGUCAUAACAAAUAGGACAGUUGCUAGUCGUAAACCAAGUCCAGUAUGCAUGCCUCUUCCUGGAGGUAUAUCGAAAUUCUGCGGACGAGUUUAUAAUAUUGCAAAAGCUGGUGAAGACUUUCGUGCUUGUCUUGGAUUAGAGUUACAGUCUAAAAGCACUGUUGAAGCUGCAGUAAGAGUAUCCUGCUUUAAAUUUGGACCCAAAGGUGUAACGUCAGAGCCAGCUGACCCGCUGCCGCUUGUACCUCAAGAUGAAACAGAAACUGAGGAUGAUGACGAUGAUGAUGAAGAAGAAGACGACUUCGGCUUGGACGCUGAUGAUGAUGAUGACGACGUUGAUGAAGAGGAAGAUGAUGAUGACGAUGACGAUGGUGAGAUCGAUGCCGUGAACGACGUAGAUAGUGCCGACUAUACAGGAUUUAGUCUUUUAGGUGAAGACUUAUUAGGAGGCCUGUUCGGAUCUAGCGAUGGGAAAAAACCAAACAAAAAUCGAAAUAAACAAGCUCAACUUACAUCCAGUUCUACAACUACACGCCGACCAAGACCCAAUCGUAGAACAACAAGGAGACCAAAUACGAGAACAACACCCAAACCUAUAACCAGAAGCACUACGGUUAAAGUAAGACCUAUUAAUCGUCGCCCAACUAGACGACCAUCCAACAGAAGACCAACACGACGGCCAACACCUUCAAGUGCUGAAAGUUUCCCUAUUUCAAAUGUAUCAGAAAUGUCAUCUGGUUUAACUUCCGCUAGUACAGAAUCGCACUUAUUAGCUCAAUCAACAAUGGUUCAAACGCAAAAAAUUACCGAAAGUUCAGAAAAGACUGAUUCAAACGAAAAAAUAGUAUCCGGAAACAACAAAAUAGCAACAAUAUCUGCAACAACUCCAAUUACUGCGACUAGUUUUGAAGAGUCAGGUCUAGAAAUGUCUUUGGCUCAUAUUACUGGACAACUUUCAGUUAUGCCAGCAACUCAGAUCAUUCCAAGUCUAUCAAAGGACUCGGAGACAAAGUCGAGUGAAGAACAAAUAUCAUACGAAAAAGUGCAAACAAUUACCCCUAAACCUCAUUCAACCAUUCCUUAUGCAACAGUUGUUGAUGAUGACGACGCAAACGAAGAAACGGUUCAAAUAGUUCAGAGCCUUGAUUCUCAUUCAGAAGAACAUGAAUCCGAUAAAACCGUUACUGUGGAUGAGAGUCGCGCACAUAACAAAGACUAUCAUUACGAAGAAUUAGUGAUGCCUAAGAAAAAGCGUAGAGGUGAACAGUUUGAUUUAGAAGAUUUGGAUGUUUUAGAUCUGACUAAAAUUGGGGAAAGUGUUGGACAUCAAUUGGGAAUAUUUGGACGUCAUAAACGCCAAAACCAAAAUAAACAUAAAAAGCAUAGAAAUGGUAAUGCUGAUUAUGAUAUUGUUAGUGGACUGGAUGCAAUCAAUGAAAGUCUUGGAUUACCGGAUAUUGAAGUCGCACGUAGAAGAACCAACAGGAGACAAAAUAAAAUGAUGCGCGAUUGGUCAAGAAAAUAA